GCUGUUUUGGAUUUGCUUAUUAUAUUGUAAUUUUUUCCUACAGGAUCAACACACCAAGGAAGCAGGGAGGUCUGGGUAGCAUGAACAUCCCCCUUGUGGCAGACCUCACCAAGACAAUCUCCAGAGACUACGGUGUGCUGAAGGAAGACGAUGGCGUCGCAUACAGGGGUCUGUUUGUGAUUGACGACAAGGGAAUAUUGAGGCAGAUCACCAUCAAUGACUUGCCUGUGGGUCGCUCUGUGGACGAAACUCUGCGCCUGGUCCAGGCCUUCCAGCACACUGACAAACACGGAGAGGUGUGCCCUGCUGGCUGGAAACCUGGGCACGACACCAUCAUCCCUGACGUCGAGAAGAGCAAAGAGUUCUUCUCCAAGCAGUAAAUGUGAAGGUCUUCUAGUUGACCUCCUAAUUGUAGCACUUGCCUUUAGUUGAGAGGUGUCCCUGUGAAGGAGUAUCUCAUGAUGUCUAGUCUAAUCUAUUCAACUCCACAAAAUUUCAGAACUUGUUAGAAAAAGGUCCUUUGUUGCAACUCUUAUCUUUGUACGUCCAGUUUACAAUUGGUGGGGCGACUUCAUAGUCUCAAGCACUGAAAGUAUAGUUGUUUUGUUCCUUUUUCAUAAAAAGUAUCGCUGUUUUUCCUUGCUCUCACGACUCAUUUUGCCAUCUUUUAUUAAAGCAAUGGGAAAAUUGUGA